GACGCUGGAUUGAAGCCUUACAUACAGUAUCUAAAGCAUGACAAAGGAUUCUUGUAUUUCUCCUUGGCAGUCUUUGUUCACAUAAUGUUUGUAGUUGGGCAAUAUAUACAGAGCUACAAGUUGGCUAUAGACCUUCAAGAUUCCAGUGUUAGCAGAUUAAAGCUAAUCAGGAUCUACACAAUCACUGGUUUUGGUUUAAUAAUAUUUCUGAUUUUAAGAUCCGUAUUAGUGGUAAAGCUGGGGCUGGGUGCAUCAAAAUCAGUUUACUGUACACUGUCAAGCUCUCUUUUCUUUGCACCAAUGUCUUUUUUUGACUCAAUGCCUUUUGGAAGAAUGCUUAGUCGGGUAUCUUUAGAUUUGAGCAUUGUUGACAUUGAGUUGCCUUUCUUACUCAACUACACUGUUGGAUCAAUCAUUAUUUCAUAUUCUACCUAUGUCAUCCUGUGUUUUUUUGCUCCAGAGGUCCUGCUGAUCAUCAUGCUUAUGAUUUACGUAACUAUAUUAGUUCAGAGAUACUACAAUGCUUCUGCUAAAGAACUGAUGAGAUUAAAUGGAAUAACAAAGUCUUUAGUUGCCAACCAUUUGGCUGAAAGCAUUUCUGGGAUAAUGACCAUUCGAGCUUUUGCACAGGAAGGACAUUUCAUUAUUGAGAAAAAUGCUAGGCCAAUUUUCCAUACUUUCUCAGCAACUGAAUGGUUAAUUCUACGUUUGGAGAUAAUAUGCACAAUUAUCAUGUCCUCAUGGAUGCUUGGAAUAGCAUCGCUUCAUAGUGGGAGUUCUGGACUUACUGGAAUGGCAUUUUCUUAUGGCCUAUCACUAAAUGCAAUUCUUGUUUGGUGUGUUCAAUGUCAAUGCACGAUAGCAAAUUCAAUAAUCUCUAUAGAAAGGCUAGAACAGUACAUGAGAAUACCUAGUGAAGAAUCUGAAUUAGUGCAAAUAAACCACCCUCUACCUGGUUGGCCUACGCGUGGCAAAGUGGAAAUUCGCAACCUAAAGGUGAGGUACAGGAUUAAUGCUCCAUUAGUUCUUCAGGGUAUUAGUUGUACAUUUGAAGAGGGACAAAAGAUUGGAGUUGUUGGUAGAACAGGCAGUGGGAAAACAACUUUUAUCAGUGCAUUGUUUCGCCUAGUUGAGCCUACAGAUGGCAAGAUCAUCAUCGAUCAAUGUGAUAUUUCAAUGAUUAGGCUUCAUGACCUUAGGUCGCGUAUUGGAAUUAUUCCACAAGAUCCUACACUCUUUACAGGUUCUGUAAGAUAUAAUUUAGACCCCUUAUCAGAAUAUAGUGAUGAUCAGAUAUGGAUGGUUCUUGAGAAGUGUCAGCUUAGAGAGGCUGUCCAAGAAAAAGAAGGGGGACUAGAUUCCUCAGUUCUACAAGAUGGAUCAAACUGGAGCAUGGGACAAAGACAAUUGUUCUGUCUGGGACGUGCACUGUUGAAGAGAAGUCGAAUUCUAGUGCUAGAUGAAUCCACUGCAUCCAUUGACAAUGCCACAGAUGCAAUUCUCCAUAAAACAAUCGGGCUAGAAUUUGCAGACUGCACAGUUAUAACAGUAGCUCACAGAAUUGCAACAGUUAUGGAUUACACAAAAGUUUUAGCAAUAAGUGAUGGUGAGAAGCUGGUUGAGUUUGAUGAGCCAAAGAAGCUGAUAAACAAAGAGGGUUCAUUAUUUGGAAUGCUUGUUAAAGAGUAUUGGGCUCGUACAGAAAAGUGA